UUCAGACGUAUUCUAACCUUUUCUUUGACAUUCGACGCAAAUCCGCAACGGUUCUAGCAGUCGAUAUCUCGCGGCUCUCGUCGCAGUAGGAAGCGCGAUUAUGAUAAUAAUCAAAACUCGCUUUGCAGCUUUUCCCGUAAACAGACGUGUGAUCGAGGAAAAUUUUUUAUCUCUAUCGCGCUGAAAAACUAGUGUGACACUGAAAAAUAAGUCAUCAAGAAUCGUCACGAAAACCGACCGGCUGUUGCAGCAGCGGCACCACCACGUGCACCCGGAAAUCGGUGAUAUAAACGCGCGAUCAUGACCGGUCUCGACGACGAAUUUCACAAGAGGCGCGAGGAGAGGCAGCGCAUCAGCGAACAGAAGAGGGAGGCUCAGAGAAAAGCCAACAGAUACGGCCAGGAGUCGGACAAUCCUUGCCUCAAGGAAAAACAGCUCUCCUUCGACUGCAUGGCCAGAUGCAAUCAGCAAAACUACGAGAAGGAGUGCGAGGUGUUCUUUGUGAAUUAUAAAAAUUGCAGGAAUUUUUGGUCUUCGGUGGAGAAACAACGCAAAUGGCAGGGCAUCGAGCCAAAUAUGCCACCGCCCGAGGAACGAGAGAAGAUAAGAGCCGAAUUUAUGGGAAAACUACACAAUAAAAGCUAAUUAUAGACGACGGCGACGAGCGCAUUUUCACUUGUAUAAAAUGUAAAUAAUAUCUGUAUAGAGAAGCUUGCACAUUGGACUCGUUAUUUCCAUUGUUAUCAAUAAUAAAGACGAUUAUUUUUAUAGUUUUGUAAAAUUUUUCAUAUAUUUUUACACAACUGAUCGUUUAUCCGUACGCAUAGGUUUGCUUCGUUAUACAUAAAUGCUUUUCAUUAUAAAUAAUAGUUAAUUAUUUUAUGUGAUAACGUUAAUUAGAAACGCCAUCUUAAUAAUAUGACAUUGAAGACACA